AUGGCUACGCCAAAACGGUCACAGCAAGAUGGAAUACCAGCAGGCGAGGGCGAUUUUGAAGAUUGGAUCUAUCUAAUACAAGGAACAGCUGAACUCCGAACGACCUUCGAACAAGAGUGUUCUGAAAGCUGCCUGACAGCAUUGUUCUCAUUCAGCCGUCAAAGAUGGGCGUUACACAAUGUAUUUCAUCCCUCCUACGACCGAAGGGACGAGGUAUUAUGCCAACUAGAAGAGAGGAUAAGAAACAGCGUUCCAGAGGGCGAGAAGUUGAAUGUUUUGAUCGAGAGGAUUGGCAGUUUGCGAUCUGCAGCAUGUUACACUCCGAGCUGGGAGAGUACUGAUUUGUUCUUUUGGCUGUACGGAGCUAUCGAUGGGUUCUUGCCUCUUGUCAAAGCACGCAAUCAAGAGGCUUGGGUGGUGCUGGCUCACUUCUGUCUUAUGGUUAAAAGAGCAGAGACACAGUGGUGGUUGAAAGGCUGGGCGGAUUGUAUGAUGAGAAAGAUUCACAUGCAACUUGAUGAAGAGCAUAAAUCUUGGAUUUUGAGACUUUCAGAGGAGAUGGGAUGGAUUCCACCAGCAACUCAAUGA